AUGUUCUGGCAGGCAGAGCAGAGUCGGGAGCAGGGUCCUGGGAUCGGCCAUGUGCUGACAGGCAGAGCAGAGUUGGGAGCGGGCUCCUGGGAUCAGCCAUGUUCUGACGGGCAGAGCAGAGUAGGGAGCAGGCUCCUGGGAUCGGCCAUGUUCUGGCAGGCAGAGCAGAGUCCUGCUACGUGGCCACCACUGGGAUCCUGUAACGGAACACAACAGUCCCCAAUAGACAUUGCACAGGAUACUGUCCAGUAUAAUGGCAGCCUUGGUUCCAUCAUAUUUACUAACUACAGCAACAGUAACACCCUCCUGACAAUCAGUAACACCGGACACACAGUGGAAGUCGCCAUUGGAAACGGAGUCUCGGUAUCUGGGGGCGGUCUUCCUUCCGUGUAUACAGCAAUUGCAUUUCAUUUUCACUGGGGCAAUAUAAGCAAUGGAUCUGAGCACAGGCUGUCUGGGAAGCAGUAUCCUAUGGAGAUGCACAUCGUUCACACCAAGAAUGGGAUGACUCUGACAGACGCCAAAAAGGACAGAACUGGGAUUGCCGUGCUGGGAUUCUUCAUUGAUAUCAUGGAGUCGGCCAACACAUCACAGCUGUCGAUGAUCUCCGGAGUAUUAAAUGAAGUCUCCAUUCCCGGAACAACGCUGCCAUUAAAUUAUACUCUCUCACUCGAUACACUCCUGGGUAAUGUCAAUCGUACAAUGUACUAUCGAUAUCUUGGCUCACUCACCACUCCAACAUGUGAUGAGGCUGUAAUCUGGACUGUCUUCAAUAAUCCAAUAUUAGUCCCCACCCAGGUGAUACAAUCGUUUUCAUCUGCUCUCAAAUCCAAUGCCUCAGGAAUGUUAGAGACAAUUAUGAAAAACUUCCGGCCUCCUCAAUCUCUCAAUGGUCGACAAGUGCAAUCUUCAUUCCAAAGAAGCCAAUCUGUAAACAGCACAACAGCACCAAAUACCACAAGCGCAACAGCACCAAAUACCACAAGCGGUUCAUAUGCCAGUCUGCAGAAUAGUGCAACCCUUUUCAUUGUCAUGAUGCUUCUUCUACUGAAUUAGAGAUUAUCAUAAAUGUAACCUCACCAAGAUGUCGCCUCAAACACGAGUUCUCCACCACAAACUAUGUAAAAGUAAUAUAUGCAGACACCAGCUUCCCCAUAUCAUGUAUCUCUAAUCCAAGUCUAAGGAGUGAAUUUACUAAGCAGCGGGAGGAAACAGAUGGCUUGCCGGCAGUUUGAUACAGUUACAAUUCUGCGGUAACGUCCAUUGGUGUACAAUAGUCAAACGCUGGGAUUGUCAACACUUCAUCUAAUAAUUGUUUAAAAGAAGAUUAAUUGUGGUAAUAUUUUAUAACAGGGACAUUUAUUAUUUUAUGAUACGGCACCAUUUAUAUAUACACAUAAAAUAAGGAACGUUGCCCGAGUCUUUU